AACGCGAGCUACUACGCACCGGGCGUGACCGCAGCAAUCUGCCUCAUCGCCGUCGAAGGACUGUGGACGCAGACUGUGGCCGGCACCAACUACAAGUUCCAAGUGGCUGGAUGCGCUGUGAACGACGCGAGCGGCCUCGGCCCGAGCGUGGACCGCCAGUGCGCCAUAUCCGACUACGACGUCGUCAUCUUCUCGCAACCGUGGACUAACACACUGCAGGUCACUUCCGUGGCGCCCCAUACGAGCUAA